AUGGCCUCAUCGGCCGCCGCCGCGCGCCUCGCCGGCGGGGUAUCGCGGCCUGCCUCUCGGGAUGCAGCCGCCCGGGGCCUUCCGUCGAGGAGCCUGAGCCUGCCCCCGCCGCGCCGGCGUCCGCGAACCAUCCGGUGCUGCGCCGUUCGUCAUCCCGGCGGCGGCGGCGGCGGCAGCGGCGUGGACGCGGGGGAGGAGUUCGUGGGGUUCUUCCGGGAGGCGUGGCCGUACAUCCGGGGCCACCGCGGGAGCACCUUCGUGGUCGUCCUCUCCAGCGAGGUCGUGUCGGGGCCGCACUUGGACCGCAUUCUGCAGGACAUUUCACUUCUCCAUGGUCUGGGGGUUAACUUUGUUCUUGUUCCGGGGACACAUGUUCAGAUUGAUAAGCUCUUGUCAGAAAGAGGAAGGAAGGCUAAAUAUGUUGGUCAGUACCGAGUUACUGAUUCCGAUUCAUUAGAGGCUGCAAUGGAGGCAGCUGGCAGAAUAAGGUUAACAAUAGAGGCAAAGCUCUCUCCUGGUCCUCCAAUGUUAAAUCUCCGUAGACAUGGUGUUAUUGGACAUUCACAUGGUCUUGUGGAUAAUGUCGCAAGUGGCAACUUCCUUGGUGCUAAGAGAAGAGGGGUAGUUAAUGGUAUUGAUUAUGGAUUCACUGGUGAAGUCAAGAAAAUUGAUGUUUCACGGAUAAAAGAAAGGCUUGCUAGUGAUAGCAUAGUUGUUGUGAGCAAUAUGGGAUACUCGAGCUCGGGAGAAGUCUUAAACUGCAACACUUAUGAAGUUGCCACUGCUUGUGCUUUGGCCAUAGAGGCAGACAAACUUAUCUGCGUUGUGGAUGGUCAGAUAUUUGAUGAGCAUGGACGAGUCAUUCAUUUCAUGUCUCUUGAGGAAGCCGACAUGUUGAUUAGAAAGCGUGCUAAGUUAAGUGAUAUUGCUGCAAAUUAUGUCAAGGUUGUAGAUGAGGAAGAACAUGAACCACCUUCAAACCGAAGGGGUCAUCUUAAUGGUUAUGCUCCUUCUUUUCAAAAUGGGUUGGGCUUUAACAAUGGAAACGGUAUUUAUUCUGGCGAGCAAGGAUUUGCCAUUGGUGGUGAAGAGCGAUUAAGCAGGUCAAAUGGCUACCUUUCUGAGUUGGCUGCAGCAGCAUAUGUGUGCCAUGGUGGCGUUCAAAGAGUUCAUAUCAUCGAUGGAACAGUUGAUGGAUCACUGCUGUUAGAAUUGUUUACAAGAGAUGGCGCAGGGACAAUGAUAGCAAGGGAUGUUUAUGAAGGAACAAGGAUGGCUACCGAGGAAGAUCUUCAUGGCAUAAGAAAACUCAUUCAUCCACUGGAAGAAUCUGGUGUUUUAGUGCGAAGAACAGAUAAAGAGCUUCUUGAAGCUCUGUAUUCAUUCUAUGUUGUUGAAAGAGAUGGUUCAAUCAUUGCGUGUGCUGCUCUUUUUCCGUUCCCUGAGGACAAAUCUGGUGAAGUUGCCGCAAUUGCUGUAUCUGAAGAAUGCCGAGGGAGAGGUCUAGGUGACAAGUUGCUUGAUUAUGUUGAGAAGGAGGCCUUAUCCCGUGGUCUUAGGAAACUAUUCUUGCUCACUACACGGACGGCUGAUUGGUUUGUGCGACGUGGUUUCUCAGCAUGCUUGAUUGAGUCUAUUCCUGAGCAGAGGAGAAAACGUAUCAAUCUGUCACGUGGAUCAAAGUAUUACAUAAAGGAGCUCCAGCCAAAGCAUGCUGGUGUCACAGUCAACAAUUUUGUUGGCAGAUGACAGGACUCGCAAGGACUUUGGUGGAAGUCGACGAGAUAUACCCUCUGAGUAUAUCAAAAUUCUGCUCUGGUUAUAUCGAAAUUUCAAGGUUUUUGGUGUUAAUUAUAGUCUUGAGAAACAGAACUGCAGUUUGUGGCGGUGUUUUAAAAUACUUCU